AACGACUCUGCCAUCAAGUUCGGUACAGUCAUCUCGCUCAAGCACAACAUGACUGGACGGUACCUGCAUUCGGACCGCUCGCACUCGACACACUCGGGGUCGAACCAGCAGCUUGUGUUUGGUUUCCGCUGGAGCCAGGACGAGAACGACUGGUGGCAGGUACUGCCGGCCAAUGGCGACUCGCCCAACCCUGGCGAGCACGUCACCUUUGGCUCGCGUAUCCGCCUGCGUCACGUCGAGACCCGUGCGCACCUGCACUCGCACCCGUGGACCGACCAGGCGUCGGGCCAGAACGAGAUUACGGCGUUUGGCGACACCAACUAUUCAGACGAGAACGACAUCUGGAUUGUUGAGCGCUGGGGCGACGACGAGCAGGGCGAUGUGUGGGACGCCAACGAGGUGGUCGUAUUCAGGCAUGAGAACUCGGGCUACGCGCUGCAUUCGCAUGACAUUAUGAUCAGCGACGACGUGCAGUCGGUGACCUGCUUCGGCGACGGCCAUGAGGAGAACGACAAGUGGCGGAUCCAUUUGACCCAGGAGUAA